GAAAUAUAGGCAGUUGUUAUUAAUCAUACUACGAUUACAUAGCUGGCAUCGAUUUAAAAUAUUAUUAUUUAAAUAUUAUUACUUAAUUUAUUAAUUUGAAUUAUCUUAUUUGUGAUUGGCUGCCUGUUUGUGAUACACGUUAAACUGUCGAUCAAACAGAGAGCGGGAACGAUUUCGCUAAUUAGCUUAGUGCUAAAGAGAUUUAGAAAGAGACGCUUUUUAAUUGUAUACCUCCUCACAACCAUGGCAAGUGUCCAACAAACCAGGCCUGGUCAGGAGACUCAGCUUUUGCCAGAUGUUGUCACUACAGAGAAGCAAUCCCUGAUUGUUGUAAAGAAACUUCUGGCCAUUGCCGUGUCCAGCAUCACCUACCUUAGGGGCCUCUUCCCUGAGAAAGCCUAUGGGAUCAAACAUGUUGAAGAGCAGAAAGUGAUGAUUCUACGAGAGGAGCGCAGCUGCCCUGGGGCAAGUCAGAUAGUCCAGUGGAUGCAGGGAUGCUUUGAUGCCAUCCAGAAGAAAUAUCUGAGAAAGGUAGUUUUGUCGAUAUACACUGAUCCAGACAAUCCUAAGCUUGUGACAGAAUUCUACCAAUUUAAGAUAAUCUACUCCGCAGAGGGACCACAAAUGGAAUUUGAAAGCAACAACAACUGCAAGGGGGCGGCGAUGGUGUGCGGCAACACCAAGAAGGCCAGCAUCCUGCUGGUGAGGAAGCUGUACACACUGAUGCAGAUCCUGGGUCCUCUCCCUGACAACGUCUGCCUCAACAUGAAGCUGGGAUACUACGACGAAGUCACUCCUAAGGACUACCAGCCACCAGGGUUCAAGGAGGGCGACGGUAACGUGAUUGAGUUUUCCAAGGAGCCGGUGAAGCUGUGCAUGGGCGAGGUGGUCACCCCCUUCCACACGCUGCUCGUGGACGUCACCACCGAGAGAGACAGGCUGGAGAAGGUGGAGGAGGAGCCUGUGCGUGUGAGGGACAAAUGGAUGCUGCAGAUGGACGAGCAGGGGUCUGUUGUAGAGCAGACUCACAUGAUAGACAAUCUGGAGAAGCCUGCCGAAGAGUGUGUUAAGAUAAUGGACACUCUUGUGGUGGAGUUGGAGAGCACCAGUCCAACGGAGGAGGUGGCCCUCAUGAAGACCAGGAGUGGUCGAGUCGUGAGCUCCUCCACGAAAACAAUAUCAAGAACAAAGACGACCAAGAGACCUUCUCCCGUUCAGGACAAAGCGGUGACUCAGUUUGAGUUCCCGAGCAGCCAGGAAGUCCCGUCUGCACCCAAAAAGCGCAAGUUCAGCGAGCCCAAAGAACGCUACUGAGCCCCUCGUUUAUUAACCACCAGUUCAGCAGUUUUCACUUUCACUUUUUUACUGAAGAACGUGUUCACAGGUUCUGACCAUUCCAAUGCAAUGUGUCUUAGAAUCAUUUGACCUGUUUAUCAUUUGGUUCAAUAGUUCAAAAUUUUUUGAAACGUUGGUUAUAUAACACAUUUUCUGUCUACAAAAGAAAAUACAAUUUUAUGUUUAUUUGUAAAAUUGUUUACACUUGGAAAACUUGCCUACUGAGGUCUAGGUGUCUAUACACAUUUGUAAGUAGGAUUAAAUAACAUUCAGUUGUUCAUUUGUUUAUAAUAAAAGGCUUCACAA